AUGACUCAAGGUACACCCUCUCCUUUCAUAGGUCAACCUUUCAAACGAAAGACUGUCAUUGCAAGCGGAUCUCUGAUACUUGUCACUGGGGCGAAUGGCUAUAUCGCAUCGCAUGUGGUAAAUCAGCUGUUGCAGUUGGGAUACAACGUUCGCGGAACGAUUCGAGCAGAAAAACCAUGGCUGGAACAAUUCUUCGCCAAGAAGUAUGGCGAAGGUCGAUUUCAGACCAUGUUAUUGCCAGCUUUUACGAAGGAUGCGCUUGAACCAGUCCUACAAGGAGUUUCAGCAGUUAUUCACCUUGCUUCUGAUGUUUCCAUGAAUCCAAACCCUCACACGGUCAUUCCACUGGCGGUAGGAAAUGUCUUGAACUUGCUAGAGACAGCAGCAAAUCACCCGUCAAUCCGAAGGUUUGUUUUGACUUCAUCAACCACGGCAGCUUUCACUCUCCAACCUGGUAAAAAGGGCAUUGUGGUAGAUAAUGACACCUGGAACAACGAAUCAGUCCGAGCGGCGUGGGACCCGGAUACUCCAGGCGAGUUGAAGCCCUUCCUAGUCUAUACUGCAUCAAAGACCGAGGCGGAGCGUAAGGCGUGGGAAUGGGUCAGACUGAAUGAGCCAUCAUAUGCUUUUAAUUCUGUGCUUCCUUUCAUGAAUUUCGGUACAAUUCUGCACCCAAUUAUUGGUGGUUCCACAAUGAAUUUCCCUCGGUCAUUAUUGGCAGGGGAAACAUCAUGCAUGAAAUUUGGUCCCCGUAAGCUGAGACCUGAGGCUUUCUUAUGCAUCCUUAUUAGGGCAUCUGUUAUCAAGAUGCUGCUGCUACUGCUGCCUGAGCUGCAUGUUAUCGCAGCUCUAGACAUGGAGGUGGAAUCCGAGCGACUUUGGGCAUGUGCAGCACCCAUGAAUUGGGCUCAGAUCAUUGGAAUCCUUCAGAAUUUGCGACCAAAUAACACGCUUAUCCCCAAAGCACCCGCCGAUGAACCACAGGACUACACGGAAAUAGUUGGCUCACGACGGGCUUCCCAGCUGCUCCACGACUUCUUUGGUAUAACAGACUGGACAUCGCUUGAACAAAGCUUGGAAUCUGGGAUUUCAGACCUACUAUGA